CCUCUCUUACUUCCCGGUUUAUCUUUGUGUGGCGAGGUGCUCAGGUUGUUGUUGGAAUACGUUUUUCUUGUUUUUCCAUCUUUUUUUAGCAGUAAACUUACAAAACAUAAUGGCAGAAGAACAACCACAACUCAAAAGAGACGGAACAAUGCAGGUUACAGCUAAGGAAGGAAUUGAGUACCUCAAACGUCAGGGAAAAGAAGACCUUGUACCUGAGACAAAUGCCAAUGGAGACAAGACAGAUAGCAGUAACGGUGACAAACCAGCGGUACCUCGGGAAGGAACAAUGGAAGCCACAAUCAAAGAUGGGGAAAGAUUUCUUGAAAGUACUGGUGGUGAAUUACCAGAAGAGGUACGAACAAGAGGUGAUCAAGAGAAGAUUGAUAGUGAGCAAAAAGAAGAAAGCGACCUUCCACCAGUAGUCAGGGAGGGUACUAUGGUAGCAACAGCUAAGGCAGGAGAUGAGUUCCUUGGGGAUGAUAAGCCAUUGGGUGAAACAAGGCAACAGAGCAAAGCAAUUGCCGAUGCUGAAGAAGAAGAAAAUGGUGAUGAAGGUGAAAACGACGAGGAUAGCAAUGAAGCAGAUGAGGGUGAUGAAACAGCAGCUUUAAAAAGGACACACACAAUGGCAGAAACGUUAGAGGAGGGUGAAGCCUUUCUAAAGAAACAGAAGACCAAUGGAGAUUCUGGCGAAGAAGUGAAAGAAGAUUCUUGAAUCCGGACUACCUGCUGCCUUACAAUAAAUUUCGUGAGAGGAAGCGUGUGAGAAACAGUGUGGAAAGAACAGCGAAUUUAGAUGCUAUAAUGUUCGUAGUGCUUAGGUGAAUUCUUCUAGUAGUUAAUUUUUGUUGUCCAGUAAAUACCCCUUAGUUGGCUCAGUAAAGGUGAUGUAUUGUAGAGUGAUCAUAUAUUCAAUGUUACUGAAUGCUUUCGAAAUAUCAAGUUUGAAAAUGAUCGUUGAUGUUGAUGUUAUCAUUGUAACCAUUUUGAGAAGACUAAAACAAUAGUGUGUUUGUCUGCUGAUGCAAGUCUUGUAUGUGUGUGUUCUGAUCUUUGCUGUUAGUUACAGAAAAAACUGUUUUGCCAAAGCAGUUUUGACUUGAAUACCUCCAUUGUACAGUGUGAAAGACAAUUCAAUAAUAUGCAGACUGUAAACAUAAACAGUAUUUAAAUUGAAAGAUACAAGACUCGCACUUUGUAUGAGUUUAAUACUCACCAUUUGUAUGUUUUCACCACUGAGUUACUGGAAUUUUAUACUGUGUACUGUAUUUUGCAUCAAGACCAAUGUCAAUUAAAACUUAUAAGCGGUUAUCAAUAUUUCAUACCUGAACAUGAAUAUUCAUAAGUAGAUAUGAAUAAUUCAAAGAAGAUAUUAACUGGUUUUUAUGUACAGUAAUGGUAGAAUGGUGUAUAUACAGUAAUAUUUUUGUUCAAAGUUAAGGUAAUCUUUAACAUUGUGUUGAUUUCAAAGAAAUGCUAAGCGAAAAAUAUAUACAGGUACGAUUACAUGUUGAUUGACAUGGUGAAUUUUGUAAUUCUUUUUGCAUUGCCGGGUAUUUUAUCAAAGACGUGACCGAAUACAUAAUUUUGAACCUCCCAACAAAAUGUGUAAAUACAUGUAUACAAUUAAGAUCUUUCCAGAACUGCCAGCCGAGCACUUGUUGCUGUAUUAACUGGAUCGACAGCAUUUUUUUACAAUACAAAAUUCUUAUGUUGUUUAUGAGAAUACUUGUAGUGAAGCCAUCCUGAAACAUGCCAUAAUAGUUAACCUGUUAAUGAAAAGUUUAGCAAUGUUAUUCUGGACUCUGGCUUCAUAUUCAAUAUUCUUGAUACACCUUGAGAAAUCCAUUAGUAAUUGUUCACUUUCAUACCAAUAAAUGAUUUAUUUUAUAUUUUUAUAUUUGGCCAACUACGCAAUAAAAACAAAAGGAUAACAAAAGGAUGCGUGUGUAGUUUUCAGAAGAUAUUAAAUAUUUUUGGAUUUAAUUAAACUUGGCACCCAGAAAGUUGUUUUUGCCAACUUCAUGUAUCAAAAAAAAAAACAAAAUAUAUUUGUAAUUUUUUCUAAUUUAUGAUGUGUUCAAAAUUACUGGAAACAAUUAUUAGUUUUUUCUUCUACAUGUUGCCUUUUUGUAUCCUGUUGAUUAAAGUGUGGUUUAAUUGUACAUCCGGCAUUUUGUGCACAAUAAAUUUACCAGAGUAGGAAAAACUAA